AUGAUCACGGCGUCAGGGACGUUGCGAAAGUGCCGCCUUUAUCUCCGCACCGCCAUCGAUAUCGUCACCUGCACCAUCGUACCAUCAUCCUUACAAACGCAUUUAUCUCCCACCAUCGAUAUGGUUUCGGCAAAAAGGCCGACGCCCGACACACAGGAGAUGGUCUCCAUAUCACUUAUAGACAUCAGGAAGGAGCUACAGUGCCCCAUAUGCCUUGGUUCGGGUGAGAUGGUAGACAGGGAUCAUCAGGCGGACGCGCACGGUGAUGGAGUGCUUGCACCGUGUCUGUGGGGACUGCAUCGACAAGGCCAUCAGGCUCGGGUGAGAGGGACGUUUGGCUCGGGUGCAGUGGAGGUCAGCAGACGGUCACUGCGCGCCGACCCGCGAUUUGAUGCGCUGGUGGCUGCUGUGUUCCCCAACAGAGACAGGAUCGAGAAGGAGGUGGGUGGAAGGGGUGAUGCUAAGAAGCAGGAGGGCUCUUUCCAAAGGCGCAUAAAGGAGAUCUCUCGCCGCCAGGCGCAAGUCUUCAACCGCCGUCGCCCCCCCUCCUCCUCCUCUCUCUCCCUUGCUGCCCCUGAUGCUUCUGAUGCUGCCAAUGGUGGUGAUGCUAGCGCUGCUGCUACCAGUAGUGGUGAGGUGAGGUAUAAUACCAACACCACCACCGCCACCACCACCACUGCUGCUGCUUCUGGUAAUGACCUUGGUGCUGCUCGUGUUUGCACUGCUAUCAAGAAAAGGAAACGAGACGAAUCAAUGUUGGGAGGCUCAAGUGGGAGUCAGAGCGUUGGUGGUAAGAGUGGUGUGCCUGGUGGCGAGUGGAGUAAAGAGAGGAGGAGAGUGAGGAUGGUGGGGAGUUGUGGAGAGGAGGGAGAGGAGGAGGAGGAGGAGGAGGAGGAGGAGGAGGAGGAGGAGGAGGAGGAGGAGGAGGAGGAGGAGGAGGGGGAAGAAAUUGGGGGAGGAGUGAAACACGAGAAACAGUCAGUGGAAAGGACAGAGACGGAGGAGGAGGGAGAGGAGGAGGACGAGGAGGGAGAGGAGGAGGGAAGGAAACUAGAACCUGAAUCAGAGGGGGAGGAAUGUUUUCAGAAAGAGGAGGAAGAGGAGAAGGAGGAGGAGGACGAGGAGGAGGGGGUGGAGAGGGAGAAGGAGGAGGAUGAGGAGAAAGAGGGGGGAGAGGAUGAGGAGAUGGAGGAGGAGGAGGUUAUAGUGGUCACUGCAGCAGUGCAGAGGAAACAGAAGCGGUCUGCUAAAGCAGGAGAGCAGAGGGGACAGAAGAGGGGAUUCAGAGAUGAGAGAGAGGUGAAGGGAGAGAGAGAAGAUUUCAGCAUGGGAGCUGGCGAGGGUAAUAUGGGAAGAAAGAAGGUGAGGCAGGGGGGAGUGAGAGACGCUGGGAUGAAGCAUGCUGGCACCCGGGGCGAAGCAGCAGCUUCGGCCCGAGCAGGAGUAGCAACAGGAGGAGGACAGGCAGGGAAGAACGUAGAGGCUGGAAGCGGCUUGCAGCCACUGCAGGUGCAGCCCAGGGCGAUCCGCUGCCCCCGUGCUGCUCUGCUUGCACGCGCUCUGGUGGAGGAAAACACGUCUUCCUCCACAAUGCCACAGGCUCCUCAACGCUAUGGUGAUGCUGCUGUGGCGCCUUCACGGGCAUUAGUUGGGAGUGUGGCCGGCACGUCUGAUUUGGCUUGCCGGGAUGGUUUGCAAACUCACUGUCUGGCUGGUCAAGGGGGUGUUAACGGGAGCGUUGCUGGUCAAGGGGGUGUUAACGGGAGCGUUGCUGGUCAAGGGGGUGUUCACGGGAGCGUUGCUGGUGAAGGGGGUGUUAACGGGAGCGUUGCUGGUCAAGGGGGUGUUAACGGGAGCGUUGCUGGUCAAGAGAACGUUCUUGAGCAGAUGAUGAGGCUUGUGGGUGGCGGAUAUGGGGUUUUCAAGUCAUGUGGAGGGCUUUUGCGACGCAGGGUCAAGUCCACCACUUCCACCUCGCCAUUGCUAGUACCCUCGUCGCUGAACGAAGACUCUUUGGAAUCCAUGAGCAGCCAGCUAGCAGCGUGGUUUCUGGACCCCAUUUGGACGGACAAAGCUCCUGACAUGACGGUCACAAUCGGCCCAAACGCGCUCUGCCAGCUAGACGGCACUGCAACCGUCGCGUUUCCUCCCGAUGCCGUAUUCAGCCUCGUGUGCGACCCCUACAAUCGCCGCGUGUUCAGGAACAUCAAAUCGGUGUGGAACCACCACGUCGUGCGUGACUGUAACGGGGUGAAGGAGGUCGAGAUGGACAUGGCGUUUUCGUUUCAGCUGCCGUUCUUUACUGGCACGUUCGACGCACACAUGCGCAUGGUUCAGGACAGGCCUAACCGCACCAUGAACUUCGCCCUGACUCGACCAGGCUUCAUGCGGAAAUUUGAAGGAUUCUGGAGAGUCGAGCCUCUGCCUGUCCCUGCAUCGUCUGCUACAUCGUUACCAGACAAUUCCAGCUUCCGCCGAUGCGAAUCUACAGAAUCAAGCGAUGGCAUCACGAGCUUCGACGAAAGCAGCACUAGCAGCGACGAAUCCGACGAAGCGCCAGACGUGAAGACGGGUACAGGCGGAUCGAAUCCGACUGCACCUGACGGAUUUCGUCUGGCUUCCCGUCUGGUGCUCUGCCAAAUUGUCCAGCCGUCAGUUGCACCGCCAUCCAUUUUCAAGCGGUGUCUUCACAGUCUCCUGCAGCUGGCCACGAGGGACGUGCUGCUGGUCUUCCAGCAGGAAGCUGCUCGUUUGAGAGCAGCGCGAGGGGAGGAGGUGAGGGAGGACGCGAAGAAGACGGGGGUUACGUCACUGACGUCUAGAAUGUGGAGUAUAUUGAGUGUAAAAGCUUGA